AUGGGUAAAAAGAAGAAUAACAGCAAGAAACACCAAAAUCGAUCGAAAAGCAACGGCAACCGCACCGAUAACUAUGUGCCAGUCGAGAAAACCAAUGAGAAAUAUUGGAAUUUCUAUAAGGCUCAAGCUCUUUUUCCCGAAGAUGAAUGGGACUCGUUUGUGCAACAUUUGCGAAGGGAUCUCCCGUCAUCAUUCCGUGUUCAAGGAUGUCACAAAGAUCGAGAGCAAUUGAUUAAGGAGAUGGAGACUCGCUUUUUUCAGAAGAUUCGCGAAUCAAGUGAUGCUUCUGUUUUUGCUCCUGUGGAACUUCCAUGGUACCCAGGUGUCUAUCAGACAAGGAUGUCGCGGACCGAGGUCCGAAGCCAUCCAAUUCUUGCGGAAUUACAUAACUUCUUGGUAACUGAAGCCGAGCUUGGGUCUAUUAGUCGACAGGAGACUGUGAGCAUGAUUCCUCCAUUGUUGCUGAAUCCAUCAAAGGAGCAUUUCGUGCUUGACAUGUGUGCUGCGCCUGGAAGCAAGACGAUGCAACUAAUAGAGAUCAUGCAUGAAGAUGACUUGAAUCCACCUGGAAUGAUUGUUGCGAACGAUGUUGAUAAAAAGCGAUGCUACAUGCUUAUUCAUCAAACAUUAAAACGGAUGAAAAAUGCGAAUACGGUGGUGAUCAAUGAAGAUGCCACAAGGCUUCCUGACAUGGAACUGGAUGGCAAGGUGCUAAAAUUCGAUCGUGUUCUGUGCGAUGUCAUUUGCAGUGGCGAUGGAACUGUUCGCAAGAAUCCGGAUAUUUGGGAGAAGUGGUCACCCCAAGAAGGAAUUGGCCUCCACAGGCUACAGCUGAGUAUUGCUCGCCGUGGUGUUGAACAGUUGGCUAUUGGAGGACAACUGGUCUACUCGACUUGUUCAAUGAACCCCAUCGAGGACGAGGCCGUUGUAGCACAACUUUUGCGAGAAGCCAACGGAGCUUUGAAACUCGUCGAUGCUCAUCCAUUGCUGCCAAAACUUAAAGCUCUUCGGGGUGUCAACAAUUGGAAGGUGUUCACUCGUGACAUGAAGUUAAUCAACUCAUUUGAAGAAGUGCCUGAAGAAUUGAAGAGGCCAUUCUGUAAAUCAAUGUUUCCACCGAGCGAAGAAGAGGCUAAAGAAAUGCAUCUUGACUAUACAAUGCGUAUCGUACCGCAUUUACAAGAUACUGGUGGCUUCUUUGUUGCCCUUCUUGAAAAAGUGGAGGAGUUCACAUUUGUGCGAGAACGAGAAACGACAGCAAAAGGGGCCACAUGGCGCAAGAAGCUUUACAAGGAUGAUCCAUUCACAUUCCUCAAAGAAAACGAUGAGCGCUGGCACGAUUUACAAAACCACUAUGGCAUAUCGGAUGACUUCCACUAUCAAAAUCUCUUCAAUCGGAUGCUUGAAGACCAAAAUAGUCGGCAACUUUUCUACGCCAAUGAUGCUGUGAAGAAUUUCUUGAAAUCGAAUAUGAAGAAAGUUUCCAUUCAAAAUGCUGGAAUGCGAAUGUUCGGAAGGAAUGAUAAUAAGGUUGAAUCGGCCAAAUUUCGAGUCUCUCAAGAAGGUAUUAGGACGAUUCUUUCAUAUAUGUCAAAACAAGUCUUGAAAAUUUCUGAAAAGGAUAUGCUGACAAUUCUUCGGCACGAGGAAAGUCUGGUGCCACUUGAGUUACUCGACAGUGCCGAAGAGAUGCGAAGUUUCGUCAGUGGAAGUCUUGUCGCUUAUUUUAAUAAAGAAGAUCCAGUUUGCUGUUGGAUUGGUCAAAAAACGUGUGCUCCAUACAUUUCAAAGGAAGAAAAGAUCCAUCUUCUGAGAAUGUUGGGCGAAAACACGGAGGUUAUCGAGAAUUUGAUGCGGAAUAAACGCCGAGAAAAGGCGAUAGCAGGGAGAAAUGCGCAACAAAACACGGGGGAAGGAAAUGAUGAAGAACAGGAGAAGAGUAACGGGACUUCGAAUGGGCACAAAAUCGAGCCAGCGGCCGAUGAUACAAAAGAUGAAGCUCCAUCGCCCAAAAAAACUAUCCAAUCUCCCACUCAACCGGCACAAAAGUUCAUCGCCUCCUGUUUCAAAGGCGUCAACGAGCCAGAAAAAUCGCCAACACCGUCGGUUCGAGCAUUGAUGGCAGCCGGGCGACCCAGAUAUUACUCUUCGUCGGCUUCGGGCACGUACCAAUAUCUUUAUCUCGUU